GUCGAGGGUCGAGGCUUCUUCGCUUGACGGCACCUGAUCUGCAACGACCUGAUCGUAGUAGUGCAACAUUCCCGACCAGCGCAGAUGGCCUCCCUGCGCUUGAGUGGAAACUACCUUAUACUGCCACGGCAGAGCAUGAAGCCGAGCGGUGUCGGUGCUUCUGAUCAACACAGUCACCUUCGCGAACCAGUUCGGCUACGGCGAACAGCCAACGCCCUGACACGGAUUGCCUUCACGUCCGCUUCCCAACAUCUCGCCCCAUACAUAAGCGGCGGCUCUCAGCUGCUCGCUGGACAUGCAGGCUGUCUGACGUUUCUCCCCAGAACUGCUCGUCCACUCAGAGUAAUGAGGUUGCUAAUCCAUCUCUGGCUGAUUUACCUGGCAUAUAUCAAAUCCACACCCGUCUGCGUCUGUUUCACCUAUUCAUCCUCUGCGUUCUGCACAAGAGCAAUAGCUGCGGCCUCUGUUCGUUCACUUGUCGGCGAGCAGACCUCUACACCACCGGCAGCGUGCAUCCUUGGGUGUGUGGGCGGUAGAGGUCAUUAGGCCAUCUAUUUUCAGAGCGCGUGCGAUGGAAGUUUGAAAUUGGCUCUUGGGCAGUAACGAUUGAAUGUCCUCGCUUGG